GAGGAAGAUCCUCUUGAGCGUGGCUUCUCUGGAGGAGAAGCAUGUGCACCUCGCCGGGCCAAGAAUCCUAAGUCGGUUGUCUGGAGAGGCCUGGCGAGCGACGGAGCAUCUCUCGAUCGGAGAGCUGCGUUCCGAGAAGGGAUGGUUGUGUGUGCUCCGGGCCUUGGACGAUCACUAUCGUUACUUGCCGGAGACGGAGCUCAACGAGUGUGUGGAUGAGUUCUUGUUUCAUCUGAAACGCCGCGCCCAUGAGGGGCCGACGGCGUUUGUGUCUCGCUUCAAGGCGGUGCUCAACAGAUUGGAGUCCUUAGUGGCCGCGGAGAAGGCGACCCAGAAGGGCUCUACAAAGAGACGCCGUGCUGCUGACAAGAAGGCAAGCAGCUCUAGCGGGAGCUCCUCAGACAGCUUUGGUUCUGGGCCAGCCGUGGACGAGCCGCGGCUGACGAAGGAGAAAGUGGAGGCCGCCGCCAGCGCGGCCCCAGCGGCGACCGCGGAAGUGCCAGCCCAAGACUCCAAGGGCCCAAGGACGGUUGGCAGUUUCGUGGAUUCGCCGAAGAGGCAACCACCUUCGGCUGGUGGAGGAUCCCACCACAGCCGUGGGACCCAGAAGGCUGAUGAGGAACGAGCCCAAAGGCGCAUGCUCGAGAACCUGGGCAAGCUCGAGGCAGGUCACCUUCGUGUCCGGCCCAUCUUUCCAGAAGUCAUUCUGGGCCACCUCUUCAUGCGGAAGUAUGGCUUGACCAGGGAGCAGCGCAGCCAAGUUAUCCGCUCUACAGGCGGGUCGUGCCGGUUCAAGGAUGUGGAGAAAGUCAUCCGGGCCUCCGACUACGAGGACAAGACGGCCGACUCGCACGGUCGCGGAGGAGUUCAGCGACCAAGUCGUUCAGGAAAUGUGAUGGCCGCUGAAGAAGACAGCAGCCUGAGCGAACCCUCGCUGUCCGAUGGCGAGGUGUGUGAGGCUGAGGAUGAGAGCGCGGACACCGAGGACCGCGAGGAGCUGGAGGAAGCCUAUGAGGUGCAGAAGAAGGCGAAGCAGGACGCCAAGAAGGCCUACCGGAACUACAAGGACAGCAGAAAACGAGUCCGGGAUAUCAGAAAGGACCGGCAGCCGUACAUGCCGGUGGUGGCGAUACCGCCGCCGACUUCUGCCCCUAUACAUGGCGAUGCUCAACCCAUCCAGCCCACGUUCAAGUACGACCGAAAGACCGGCCGGAAGGACAAGGCAAAGGGCGGCGGCAAACGAGGCCGCCGGGAAGACGUGAGCCUUGUGCAAUCCGAGCUGGUGACGGAGUUCUCCUAUAUGGUCGCGACGGAGGACGUCGACGAGCAUGACGUCUACUCCGUUACGGUUCCAGCGGGCCUGGCGGUGAUCGACACUGGAUGCACCACUUCGGUGAUUGGCGAGGAGACGGCGGCCCGCUACACCGAGUACUUCCGGAACCGGUGCCUGCCAGAACCUGUGGCAGUGACACUACCACCAGUGCAGCUGAAGGGCUUCAAUGGACUUCGUACGACCACGGAGCGAGGCCUACGGUGGACUGUGAAGUUGGGAAGCCUCUGGGGUCAGAUCACGACCUACGUGGUGGAAGGAUCGGCUCCAUUCCUCCUGUCACGGAAGGUGCUUCAAGGGAUGGAGGCGAAGAUCGACCUCGGGAAAUGCACCCUGACAAGCACAAAGCACGGCUUAUGCGAUGAGCCCCUGGCCCAAGCUGGCAAUGGUCAUCUGUUGCUGUCCUUGGUGCCACCUGAUGAGGCCGAGGACCUGUUUGCAGUACGAGACUGUGUUCGAAAGGAUGCCAAAGCAAGAGGGCGGCAUUCGAUCGACCAGGAGCGUGCAUUUUUGCAUACCGGUAUGAGAGGGGACUGGCGAGCAUAUGCCUGGGUCCGGCUUUUGGUCAAGACUUCUCUCGUGCCCGAGAUAGGUUGGUCUAGGAGGAACCUAGCUAAGGGGGGUAAUGCCGCCAGGAAUGUGCUCGCCAGACGCAAGAAGGAACGUCCGUUCCUCCACUUGUUUGAGCAAGCGUGGUCCCUGCAAACCAUGCUGGGCGGACACAUCCAUGCCGAGAACCCUGUAGCCUCACUAGCCUGGAACGAGAUGUCCCUAGGACCCGCCUAUGAGGUUGACCUAGAUCUGUGUGCCGUAGGGUUGGUAGAUAAGACUUCUGGGUUACCGAUACAAAGGCCUACUCGGGUUGUAACGAGUGAUCCUCAGCUUGUGUCAGCCUUGCGUGUGUGCCAGUGUCCGGGUCACGAGGCCCACGCUCACGUGACCGAGCCAGCUCAGAGCUCGAGUCUGGUCUAUCCCCGCCAGUUCUGCCGUAGGAUUGCUACAGCACUUGCCAGCCGAGAUGCCCAUGUCACGCCUGAUCACGACAUUUUUGUGCAGACUGACGAAGAGGCAGACUCGGAGCGAGAGUCUGAUCAAGAGGGCGACCCUGAGGAGGCGCCCAGGCUGCGCGAGGCCAAUCGCAGGUCUUAUGCGGCAAUGAUCCAGAAACUACAUGUGAACACUGGCCAUGCCUCGGUGCCUCAGAUGCUUCGCCUCGCCCAGAGGGCCAAGGCCCCUGCUGACCUGGUAGCCGAAAUCCGCAAGUUCCGUUGCCCAGUGUGCGAAGAACUUCAAGUACCACCCUCUCACCGGGUAGCUGCCUUGAGACAUACCGAGACUCCGAAUCAUAUAGUAGGCCUCGAUGUUGUCCAAGUUGAGCUUAAGCGGGACGGUCCUGAAGGCAUAACUGAGACCAAGUAUAAUGUCCUCACGGCAGUCGACUAUGCUUCGGAUUUCUGCCAGCAGAUCGUGCUGCCUGCCGGCCCCGGUGUGGUGAGCAAGGCCUUUCAUUCCAUGUGGUGCCGCCCUUACGGGCCUCCCCGCGUGGUCUAUGUUGACCCAGACCAGAGAUGGAUGUCAGGGGAAUUCCAG